CAAUGAAAACGAAUCUAUGCGGGUCUUUCACGGAACGCUAUAAAACGACAACUCCUCCAGCGCAAAGCUGCUUUGCUGAGAGAGAGAGAGAGAGAGAGAGAGGAGAGAGCGGGUUCAGUGGUCACCUGAAUUUGUGAACUCUCUUCUAUCUCACAAAUUUCACAAAAAAUAUCCUUCAUUUCUACUCCUCAUUCACAAACCUAAACCUAAUGGCCGUCUCCAGCUUCGCCAAGGCAUUUCCGUCAUUUGAGUGCCGUUCGGAUGCCGACUUCUCCCGUCCGGAGAUUCCUUUUGUUGGAUACUCGGGGAAGUCUAAAUCGGCGACUUUUCGCGGCUACACCGGGGUGCAUGCCUUGUCUUCGCUUAUUUUCAGAUUUCCUCCCAACUUCGUCAGGCAGCUGAGCGUCAAGGCUCGGAGAAACUGCAGCAACAUUGGUGUCGCUCAGGUGGUGGCGGCUUCGUGGUCGAACAACCAGGCGAAUCCGCUUUCGGUCGCGCCCGCGGUCGCGCCGGUUGAGGUUGACACCGGUUUUCAAGAGGUGGUCCCCCCGGCGGCUGAGGAUCCGUCUUUGGAUGGUGAAAAUGUACAGCUUGAGGGUUUGCCUCCUUUCAAAUACGCUUCUUUUUUGAAUUCGGAUGGCAGCGUUGCAAUUCAUGCUGGUGAAAGAUUGGGUCGUGGUAUUGUUACUGAUGCUAUUACUACCCCAGUAGUUAAUACAUCUGCUUAUUUCUUCAAAAAAACUGCCGAUCUCAUUGAUUUUAAGGAAAAAAGACGUGCAAGUUUCGAAUAUGGACGGUACGGGAAUUAUACUACUGUUGUUGCAGAGGACAAGAUAAGUGCACUGGAAGGGGCUGAAUCAACAAUUAUGAUGGCAUCUGGAAUGUGUGCUAGCACUGUCAUGUUGAUGGCAUUGGUCCCUGCUGGUGGGCAUUUGGUCACUACCACUGACUGCUACAGGAAGACUAGGAUAUUCAUUGAGACUAUACUUCCCAAAAUGGGAAUCACUUCCACUGUCAUUGAUCCUGCUGAUAUUGGAGGUCUGGAGUCUGCUCUAGAGAAGAACAAUGUCAGUCUUUUCUUCACAGAGUCUCCAACGAAUCCCUUCUUGAGAUGUGUUGACAUUGAGCGAGUGUCCAAGCUUUGCCAUGAAAAAGGAGCCUUGGUUUGCAUAGAUGGGACAUUUGCAACUCCUCUUAACCAGAAGGCCCUAGCUCUUGGGGCUGAUAUUGUUAUACACUCUGCAACUAAAUUCAUUGGGGGCCACAAUGAUGUUCUUGCAGGCUCUAUCAGUGGACCUGAGAAGUUGAUUUCUGCUGUUCGUAACUUGCAUCAUAUCCUGGGCGGUGCUCUUAAUCCUAAUGCUGCAUAUCUUCUCAUCAGAGGCAUGAAAACGCUGCAUCUUCGUGUACAGCAACAAAACUCAACAGCACAAAGGAUGGUCGAGAUUUUAGAGGCACAUCCCAAGAUUAGGCGUGUGUAUUAUCCAGGCCUGGCUAGUCACCCAGAACAUGAACUUGCUAAGAAGCAAAUGAAUGGUUUUGGUGGCGUAGUUAGUUUUGAGGUUGAUGGAGACCUGCUGACUACCGCAAAAUUUGUUGAUGCACUGAGAAUUCCGUACAUUGCACCUUCCUUUGGAGGUUGUGAAAGCAUUGUGGAUCAACCAGCUAUAAUGUCUUAUUGGGAUCUUCCCCCGUCGGAGAGGGCCAAGUAUGGCAUCUUGGACAAUUUGGUUCGCUUCAGCUUUGGAGUGGAGGACUUUGAGGACUUGAAAGCUGACAUUCUUCAGGCACUGGAGACCAUAUAGGCGUCUAAAUUUCUGCUGAUUGUUUUGUUAUCUUUCUCUCUAGCAUUUAUUUUUCCUUCUAUUAGUAUUAUUCUGUUGAUGUUUUGGUGUUUGACUGCUGUUGAGCAUGAAGCCUUAUUUGAAUUGAGGAUCAUCAAAUGAAUGAUCCAUCAAUGGAUGGCGGUGGUUGUUUGUUCUUAUCAUGCUGUUGUUGUGAUUGAGGGGUCUGAUUGAAAUGGAUUUGAAAUCUAAUAAGAGGUGAGCUAUGCAUGCUCUACAGCCGACUGCUUUUUA